AUGUGCGGAAUUUCUGCCUGUAUUUCGCUUGCACCAGCAAGCAUCAACGGCCAUGAUGGCUGCAAGGAGCAUGACAGCGGGGUCAUCAAGUCAGACCACCAAGUCAACGGUGUAGCAAAGGGACUUGCGACGCAACUCAAAGCUUCGCUCGACAUCAUCGCCCAUCGUGGUCCCGACGACUCGGACGUAUGGAUCAGUGACAAAGAGCAAGUAGGACUUGCCCACUGCCGACUCUCCAUCAACGAUCUAUCUUCUGCAGGGCGACAACCCCUCCACAGCAGCGACAGCCAAGUUCAUGCUGUGGUGAAUGGCGAGAUUUACGACUACGAUCGCCUUCGCCACGAAUGCGAAACCGUUCACAAAUACAAUUUCCAAAGCGACAGCGACAGCGAGCUUGUUUUAGCACUCUACGAGAUCUUCGGCGCCCCAGAAUUCUUCAAGCAUCUGCGAGGUGAAUUCGCAUUUGUCCUCUAUGAUAACCGCCAAGGAACUCAGCGCGUAAUUGCUGGACGCGACCGUUAUGGUAUCAAGCCGCUGGUGUAUACUCGCCUCGGGUCGAAGCUACUCGUCGCUUCUGAGGCUAAGGCAUUCUUGCACAUGGGUUGGAAGCCACGCUGGGACGUGUGUGCAAUUGCCGACGCUGGCUGGAUGUUUGAUGACCGAACGCUGUUCCGCGGCAUUCGAAAGGUUCUGCCUGGACACUAUCUUGAUAUUACAGAACAAGAUGGUGUGCAGCAGGUCAAGUAUUGGGACGCUGAAUAUGAAGACAAGAAUAAACCCGAAACUCGCACCAUGGACGAAAUGGUAGCUGGCGUCCGUGAAAGGCUAGUCGAGUCUAUUCGUCUUCGCCUGCGUGCUGAUGUACCUGUUGGCAUCUACCUGUCUGGCGGAAUCGACUCUUCUGCCAUUGCCGGUAUAGUUACUGAACUUGCACGCAAGGGAAAGGUCAAGAUUGGAAACGAGGAGGCUACUCGCGUCACCUGCUUUAGUGUGGCGUUCCCCGAGAUAUCCGGGUACGACGAAUCAGAUAUUGCCGAGCGUACAGCCGAAUGGCUCGGAGUAAAGACCAUCAAGAAGACGGUCACGGAGGAUACCCUGGCUAAAGACUUUGGAGACGCCGUAUUCCACUGCGAGCAUCAUCACUUUGACCUCAAUUUUGUGGCCAAGUUUGGGCUCUCGACUCUCCCCCAUGAAUAUGGCGUCAAGGUCGUUCUUACUGGUGAAGGCGCCGACGAGCAUUUUGCUGGCUAUCCAUACUUUUUUGGCGAAUUCCUUCGCGAAGCUGAUGAAGCUUUGCCUGACUCUUCCUUGUCCCAAAACAGUGACCUUCGAAAUGACAUGUUCAAGUCCGUGCAGCGGGAAAUGAAAGAAAUUUGGCAAAAAGGUGGUGCAACGGCAUAUGAGGAUAGACCAGCUCCUGCAUCCAUUGCAGGAGUGGGCGCAACAGACAUGAGUGAUAAUUUGUUGGCGUGGCAUCCGGCGGCCACUCUCUUCGCUACCUGGCUACAAACUCGACAAGAUAACUUUGACUGCCGCAAAACGGUCCUGAAUUCGUACCCUAGCGAUGUCCAAGCCAAGAUGCGGUCACGAUGGCACCCUUUGCACACGUCCAUGUACAUGUGGAACAAGAAUUCGUUGGCCAACGUUCUGCUAUCAUGCCUUGGUGAUCGUACGGAGAUGGCACACAGUGUUGAAGCACGCCCACCAUUCCUAGACCAUCACCUCACCGAGUAUGUCAACCGGUUGCCGCCCAGUGUCAAACUGCGCUACUCAGCCGACGCUACAAGUAAUAAUGGCGAACUAGGCCCCAUCUGGACCAAGUCUAGCGUAGCUUUGCAAUCACUUACUGAAAAAUGGAUCCUGCGCCAGGCGGUGCGCCCUUACGUUACGGACGAGCUGUUCAAGCGAAAGAAGCACCCUUUCCUUGCGCCAACUCGAUGGGCCGAGGACGGAGCAUUGCAUCGCAAGUUCAAGGCGCUACUGACGCAAGAAGCUGUGGAAGCACUGGGCUUUGUUAAUUGGGAAAGGAUUCAGGAGGAUAUGGACGUUGCUUGGGGCGGGACAGCAGACCCCAAGGCCUUCCGACGGUUGAUAUAUUGCGGAGCUUGGGUGACGCUUAGCCAACGUAUGGGCGUGGCGAAAGCGGAGGAGUCUGAUUGGGAAGUCACUAAACAGUAG